AUGAAGAGUAUCUUCAAGCUACCACCCCCUGCUCUGUUUCUACUACUAACCAUGUCGGAGCUAGCUUCGGGUCAACCCAACGGAUCCGACCCGAACAACCCUUACGACUACGGCGGGAGGUUAAGCCCCAUCAUGGCAGGCGUCGUGGUCGUGGUGAUCGCUCUUCUCUUCUUCAUGGGCUUCUUCACCAUCUACCUACGUCACUGCACUAACGCCUCCUCAGACGGCAGCGUUAAUCCACGUGUCGGAACCAGGAGAGUUAUAAACGCGACCGUCGCGCGUGGGGUAGACGCGGCGACGAUCGAGACGUUCCCUACUUUCGUCUACUCUGAGGUGAAGACGCAGAAGAUAGGUAAAGGCGCGUUGGAGUGUGCGAUAUGUCUGAACGAGUUCGAGGACGACGAAACGCUGCGUUUGUUGCCUAAGUGUGAUCACGUGUUCCAUCCUCACUGUAUUGACGCGUGGUUAAAAAGUCACGUGACUUGUCCAGUUUGUCGGACCAAUCUCGCUGAACAAGAGCAGAGAGUUGACCCGGUUGAACCGGAAGUGGUAACCGAAAUUGAUAUCGAGUCGCAGCAAACAACGGUUGUUCCUGAACCGGUAACACGUGUCAAGCUUCCGAGGUCGCACACGACGGGGCAUUCGGUGGUGUUACCUGGAGAAUGUACGGAGCGGUUUACGUUAAGGUUACCGGAGGAGUUGAGGAGGAAGAUAAUGGCGAAUUGGAAGAUGAACCGGUCGAAUAGUGUUUUGGUUCGGUCGAGGAGUGGUAAACCGGUUGAACGUUCAAGGGCUCGAUCGGACCGGUGGUUGUUUAUUAAAACACCGUCGUUUCUGUGGAGGAGUAGGGAUGAUGGUUCUAUUAGGCUAGGGAGUACCAAAGCAAAUGCAUUAACUAGUCCGACCGGUGAUUCGGUACGAGCAGACCGGUGGAAUUUUCUUAGAAACCCGUCGUUUAUGUGGAGGAGUACGCCGGUUCCUUCGCCGCGAGUUAAGGAUGGUGAAGGAACAUCGUCGGUUCAAGAUCAGCAUACCGGUACAGUUGGUUUAUCUAGUGGUUCAGUUAGGUUACCGGUUUAG